CCCUGUGAUGUCGAGGAUGCUUUAGCCAUAGAAGAAGAAAAGCCGGAAGUUAGCAAGGCUUUCCACACAGACGGGAGACGAACCGGACAACAACGACGAUCGAGUGCAAAUUGAGUUAAAAAAAAAAACCAUUGAAAAUGUUGAAAGAGUUGGUGAAAGAGCGACUAAUGGCGGCGGCUGAUGAAAUAUUCGCGCUGUUUGAAGUAACGAUAGCCUCGUACGAGAAUGAACUUUCUAGAACGAGACAGAAGGAGCGCCAUCGCCAACUGGAAGCAUAUAUUGAAGGCGCUCCCUGUGCGUACGCGUGGACAAGACAGGAUGUCCACCAGCUAUCUGGUGCUCCAGAAAGACAUCCCUCGUUGUCCACCUUGAAGCCGGAGGAUCCACAGCCCCCCCACAUUAAAGAGGAGGAGCAGGAGGAGCAGGAGGAAGAGGAGGAGGAGGAGGAGGAACAUUGGAUCACUCAAGAGGGAGAUUAUAUUCGAGAGCCGAAGGAAGCUGACUUCACCAAGAUGCCACUGACUGGUGUCUCUGUGAAGACUGAUGAAGACAAACCAACCGAGUCCUCACACCUUCAUCACAGUCCAAGUGAGGAGAACAGAGGGGCGGAGCCUUCAAGCAGCAGCUCAACACAACACAUGACAACUGAAGCUGACGGAGACCACUUUGGAGCUCCACUAUCAGAUAGUGAGGACAUGUCCCAAUCUAUGGAGGGUAAAGACUGGGACGACACCAAAGAAUCUUUGAGCGGCGAUACAGACUGUGAAGGUGAUAUGACGACUCAAACUAACAAACACUGUAAAAAAGAGGUGACUGGUAACAAAUCUCUGACGUGCUCAGAUUGUGCUAAGGUAUUUUCUCGUCUUAGUGUUUUUCUUCAACACAUGAGGAUACACACAGGAGAAAAACCCUUUCUUUGUUCAAUAUGUGGCGAAAGAUUUGCUCUGAUGUGGAAUAUGAAGGCGCACAUGAGAAUACACAAAAGGGAGAAACCCUUUAAAUGCUCAGUUUGUGGCCAAACAUUCGCUAUUAAGGCAAACAUGGUAUCACAUAUGAGAACGCACACGGGAGAAAAACCCUUUGUGUGCGUAGUUUGUGUUAAAACAUUUGCUCAUAAGGCAAAUUUGGUCUCACACAUGAGAACGCACACGGGAGAAAAACCCUUCAUGUGCUCAUUUUGUGCCAAAACGUUCUCUCAUAAGGCAAAUAUGGUUACACACAUGAGAACUCACACCGGAGAAAAACCCUACAAAUGCUCGGUUUGUAGUGACGCAUUCGCUCAAGGGUCCGCUUUAAACAGACACUUGAGAAUACACACAGGAGAAAAACCCUUCCAAUGCUCGGUUUGCGUGAAAACAUUCUCUAGUAAGACAAACAUGCUAACGCACAUGAAAACACACGCAAGCGAAAUGAUGCAUCUGCUCAAUGGUCCUCGACGUCACUUCCGUCAAAUCUCCUCGAAGAAAACGAAAGCAGAAGUUAGCAAGCUGACCACGGCCGAGGCGACCUUUUGUCGAGUAGAAAGAUUCAAAAUGUUGAAAGAGUUGAUCAGGGAGAGAUUAUUGGCGGCGGCCGAUGACAUUUUCGCGCUGUUUGAAAGAACGACUGCGUCGUACGAGGAGGAACUUUCUAGAACACGAGAGGAGAAGGAGCGACAUCGACAACAACUGGAAGCUGCUAGAAAUACUCCAAAUGUUUUAUAUUUUGAAGACAAGCAGCGGCCCCCCCACAUUAAAGAAGAAGAGGAGGAGUUCCAGCCCCCUGAGGAGGGAGAGUGUCUUCUCGAGCCAGAAGAGGCUGACCUGACUGUCGUCUCGAUGAAGGUUGAAGACGAUGAAGACCAACCACAAGCAUACAACCUCUUGGCUCCACUGUCGGUUGGUGACGACACAACGUCACACUCUCCUGAGGAUGAAGACAAGGACAACGCCCAAGACCCUUUGAGCAGCGACACAGACUGUAAAGGUGAUAUGAGGACUCACACUGACAACAAACACUCUGAAUGCUCGAAAACAAAAUGUUUGACCUGCUCAAUUUGUGCGAAAAACUUUUCUCUUAAGAGACAUUGGAUUGUACACAUGACAACACACACAGAAGAAAAACCUUUCAAUUGUUCCGCUUGUAGUAAAAGCUUUUCUAAUAAGCGCCAUUUAACCCGACACUUGCUGACACACACUGGAGAAAAACCCUUUAGAUGCUCAGUUUGCGGUAAAAGUUGCUCCCAGAAGACAAACAUGGCGUCACACAUGAGAACGCACACCGGAGAAAAACCUUUUAAAUGCUCAGUUUGCGACGAAAGCUUUUCUUAUAAGUGCAAUUUGACCCGCCACAUGCAUACGCACGCAGGAGAAAAAACGAUUAUUUCCCACGCUUGUGGGACACAAUUCUCUCAAAACGCAACAUCGCUACCGCACACGGGGGAGAAAACGUUCGCUUGCUCAGUUUGUGGCGAAAGCUUUUCUUAUAAGUGCAAUUUGACUCGACACAUGCACACGCACACAGGCGAGAAACCCUUUUGUUGCUCAAUAUGUGGCAAAAGAUUCACCCAGAAGGUAAAUAUGGUCUCACACAUGACAACGCACACAGGAGAAAAACCCUUUAGUUGUUUAGUUUGCGGCAAAAGUUAUUCGUAUAAGAAAAGUUUGACGGCUCACACGCUGACUCACAACAGAGACACAAAAGAUUGUCAAGUCUUAGAAGUGUAACGCUACAUUUGAGGAAGUGAGUACAACAGCAGUCUUAGAAGUGUAACGCUACAUUUGAGGAAGUGAGUACAACAGCAGUCUUAGAAGUGUAACGCUACAUUUGAGGAAGUGAGUACGACAGCAGAUUCCCUCAUGAGUUCCGAGUCAGCGUGCUGCUAGAAGUAUGAGCAUAUCGCUUUGUGGGUCGACUUGAAGAAAUUAAAACAGCAAUAACAUCACACACACACAAAAUAAAUACGCAUUUUUUAAUGUACACUAAAAUAUCUUAAUUUAUUCUUAUUUUGUACAUUAGUGAAAUUAUGUUUAUUCUUGUGAUCGUGUGAAGACGCCCUUUACCUAUAUAUUGCAUAUUGAUAUAUCAUUUUCUACUUAAUUAUGCAUCGGGUUAUAAAACGUGUUUGGCUAUAAAAAAAAUAAUAUUAUUUUAAAUAAAUAUAUAAACUAUUUUUCAAAAUAUAUUUAUUUUAUAUACUACUGUAAGUAUUUUGAACUUCUCCUUCAUUCAAGUUUUUAGACUAUUAGAACAGGAUGACGGCCAGCUUGUGUAACACGAAGGUAAUAAAAUGGACUAGAAGUUUGUAAAGGCCCGGUCAGUACCUCUCUUUGCACAGCAGAUGGCACCCUUGUAAUGUAAAGGCCAUAAAGAACAAUUUAUGACUAUUGAAACCCUAGGGGAGGGGCUAUACCUUCACCCAAUCAGAACAGCUGUUACUAUUUACUCUCUUUCUCUCCAUCUAACGCUAAAAGUGGAUGUAUUUUGCAUGUCGGAUGAGUUUUCUGGACUUUAUUCUCUAAAAUAAAACUCGCCCUGA